CACGCGCCCAUUAUAAUAAUAAUAUAGAAAAAGAAAAUGAAAAAAUAAAAAUAAAAACCCAGUGCCAGUACAUGAUACAAAUUAAAAAGGUAAACCAAGCCCUCUCCAUAUCAAACAUGAUGAAGAUAAAGAACAAAGGUAAAGUAUACCCAUCUCCCUCUCACUCUUCUUCUACCGAUGGAGGUUAUCUCUCUGUGUUUAACCUUCUUCCUGCUUCCAUUAUUGCUCUUGCAUCUCUCCUCCCUCUUGAAGACCGCGAGGUUUUGGCUUAUCUUAUCACCACGUCAAUCAAAGCAACUACUUCAACUUCGUCUUCAUCAAUCAUCCACAGGAAGACUUCAAAGCACACUCCUGCUACUACUCAUAAACCUCCUUUAUUUGAUUGCGAUUGUUUUGACUGCUACACCCGUUACUGGUUCAGAUGGGAUUCUUCUCCCAACCGGGAGCUCAUUCACCAAGCCAUUGAAGCCUUUGAAGAUCACCUGAGUAACGUCGAAACUCAAAAAUCUAAGAAAAAUGGGAAACCCAAGAGAAGAGACAAAACGGCACGCCGUUUUGGUUCGAAUAAUAACAAUAACCAAGUUGAAGACUCCAAAGAACCAAUCAUGAACGUUGUUGCUGCGGAUGAGGUUUUGUCGGACGACGUGGUGUUACCUGUGAGUUCGCCCAUAAAAGAUGUUGAGGAGAAUGUGGUGAUAGAGUUUUCUGGUGAACCUACGACCGCAUGGGAUGAGAUUAUAGCGGUCGUCCGGCAUACGGCGGAGGGAGGUAGCUGCAACCACAAAGGUUUGGCUAGGAAAGUGCUGCCGGACGUGUUAGGGAUAUUCAAUUCUCGUUUGUGGUCCCUUUGGAGUCCGAACGCUUAGGCCCAUUAAAAAAAUAUCAAUGAUAUUAUAAGUGUAAUUUUUGUGUAUAAUUUUACGGAUAAAUAAUGUUAUAUUUUUAUAUAAUUAAAUAUUAUUUUAUUUUUAA